GUCAGGUCAUAAUAACGCUAUCAGUCAACAGCGCGCUGACAUCAUCUUAGAUAUUUAUAUUUAGAGCUUUUGGUUAUGCAUACAUUGUAGCAUAUUGUGCAGGGAUAGAUGCCACAUAAUCAAGUAUCUUUUUAGAGCACGUAUCAUUUGGCUCAAUCUCCUUUCUAUUCUGUCUAAACAAUCAAAUUGCAAGCGAAGCACAUGAGAAGAAAAGAUCGUUUACAAGGAACAUUACGAUACAGUGAUUCGGAACAUUUUCCUGUUAUGCAGUCGCCUUUGAAUAACACUCAAAAAUGUUCCAUUUCAAAUGAACACAAAGAAGAGACUCCUGUCAGUUCAAACGGCAAAGAAAGACGACGAACUCACUGCAUUAACAUGGCGUUUGGAGAACUUCGAAAAUGCAUUCCAAACGUCCCAACGGAUACAAAGCUUUCAAAAAUAAAAACUUUGCGUUUGGCUAUUAGUUAUAUUCAGUAUUUGACAGAGAUGCUGGACGCUGAAGAAGACGACUUAUACAGAGCGAGAAUCAUAGCUUACGAAAUUGCAAGCAAAAACGAUCACAAUGUGAUAAAACGGAAGAAGGUCGUUAAAAGCGUAAGUGUGUUAUAUUAUACGAUGUGUUCAUUCUUAGUAUAAUUGAGCAUGGAACAGUUUCGGCCUAAAAUGUAUAGCGAUAACAUCCAUGAAAAUAUCAUUCAUUUUUAUUCGUUGAUCUUCUUUAUAUCAGCUUUUCGACUAUCAUCUACUUAUGAUCACUGCCACUGGUCUGAUUAGCCAUGGCCAACAUUCCCUCGAGUAAAAUCCUUGCAGUUUUCAAUAAACAAGCUCAGUCAACUUAUCUCAAAACUCCCACGUUCAGUUCCCCCUAAUAUAAAUAGGUAGUCCAAGCGCGAAUAAAGAAGUAUAAGGAUUUCGCGAAAUUGCAAAAUUUGAGCGCAGUCUGAGUAUAUGAGGCCUUUUAAUACUAGCCUAUAGGGAAUUUUCAGUGUUGCCCACUAGGUAUAAGCUACAGCCAUACUUACAGGUCUAUAUGAUAUAGUGUUAUUUCGUAAGAUGUAUGUAUGUAUUUGUAUACUGUUCCGUGAAUAUAGAUAUCAGGUAAAGUUGGCAAAGUUGCACAUAUUGGAAUUGGCUUACGAGAUUUACUCAUAGGUUUUCCUUAAGCCUGUUUUCCACUAGCGAAUUUGUUCGCGCGAAUCUUUUGUAUUAUGAGCUCUCGGCUGGAACUAAUUAGAUUUUUAAUCGAUUCUUUUCAAUUUAAACAAUAGAAAAUUCGCUUCGCGCGAAGAAAUUCGCCAGUGGAAAACAGAAUUGGCCUUUUGCUAACUGAUUAACAAAUACCUUGAUUAACAAGUGCCUUGCAUCGACACGUCGGACUCGAACAGUGCAUCUUUCUGGGUAUUUUCUAUUUUAUAACCAAGACGAAACACGAGAAGCGACCUAUAAAAUAUAGUAUAGUUGCGCAUAUUAAUCGAGCAACUCUUCUUAAUAAGGACUUUGAAAACAGUGAAGUCUCCUUUGCUUGCAAAAAACUCGUUUAUUUGAAUUUAAGACACAAUAAAUUUCUUUAAGGUUUCAGAUCUGACUUUUAUUUAUGAUAAAAAAAACCCAGUAAAAUAAAAACAUGAACAAUUCUCCAUUACCUGUAAGUAUGUAUGUAUACGGACUGGAACCAGAAAACAUCGUGCAUGGUAUAUAGGUUUCAUUAUAUAUUAUACUCGUGCAUGUGAUCAGUGCAUGUAUUGAAGUUUAAUUAUUUGACUAUGUGUAUGCAUUUGCGAGUCGGUGACUAAUUUACUCUUGUUUAUAUGGAAAUAAGUGCUGCGAGCUUUUUUGUUUCACAAAUUUAUCAGCAGGAAAAUGACUGGUUUUAAGGUUUCUACAAUCAUUGAAGAGGUUGAAGAGAUUUUAACUUUUUUACCAGUCCUUGCCAUUUGAACGAAGCCAUGAGUUGCUUUAAUAGCCUAAUGGUUGCCACCAUCAACUAUAUCAGGCUAUAUGUAAUAAAUGGGUUUUGUGAUUGGGACACUCGGCGGCGGCGGCGGUAUAACAAUAGGGAGUUUAAGCAUGUAGGACGGCAACACGACGACGACGGCAACCAAUACAAUGAGUCAAUUGAAAAGAAAUAAAUAAUUAAAGUCCUGGGGGAGUUUCAGACGUGGUCGUCGCCCUGUUGACAACGGCAAAUCACAGAUUUUCACGUCUUUUAUAUAACGCCUGCAUUUCAAGCCGUAACAAGUGCAACCUAAAAUUCGGUUCAGUAGAACUCUUCCCAAACAUAAAGCCAAUGUUUUCAACUACUUUACUGUAUUAACUUCUUACGAAUUAUAAUAUACGACAAGGUUUCUUUACUAUCAUUUAUUUGAAGGAAUUUGUUUUGCCCGUCGUCGUCGUGUUGCCGUCCUACAUGCUUAAGCUCGCUAAUAAAGCAUGCACGUUAAUAAAACUAAAGAAUAAAUUAUCUAAAGACGAGUCACAAAUUAACCGCUCUGAUGUAAACUUUUGUUAAAGCCUAAAGGAACAUGUUCAUUUUAGGUUUUAUAAUUUAUAUUUUCAUAUUUCAUAAUGAUGUACGCACACUGUUGGCAGGAUUUGUGUAUUCAGGAUAACUUUGUGUGGCUUUAAUGAAACUAUUAAUAACCGGACGAAACCUAGGCGAAAAUCCAACUCAGAACAAAUUUGACGUUUUUUGUCUUGCCUCUUGGCAUUUCAACACGAUAAAUCUAGCCAAGUUCACUCAAUUUUAAUAACGAAUAUCUUCGCUGAUAAUAUCGUGGUUUGCGCCUGUUUACAUCCUGGGACCAAAUACAGCAUGGUUCUGAUCACGGUUAAUCGUGUUCUGAUGCAAACAGAUGGAACUGCGGAAGUUUUCUUUCCAUUCCCUUUAAAUCAAUGAUAUGGGAAUGGUAGCUCCUCUGUUAUUUGCUAAAAUUAAUAACCGCGAAUAUAAACUAUAAACUAUGUUGAUAAUGUCCAAAUUCGAGAUAGAAAAAGGUGUGAAGAAUUUGCAAAUAUGACAAACUAGCUACAGUUAUUGCUGUAGGUUGCCACAACCUGUUUGUUAUGGAAUGUUUCAGUUUCUUAAUUGUUUAUGGUGGCAAAUCCAGUAAAAAUGGCGUUCCACUAAAAAAUCAGGAGACAUUAGAUUUAGAUUCCGAGGUAGACACCUUACGGCACUGAAAUUAAGGAACAUUUUAAAGUUUUCUGCCAUUUGAGAUUUCAAUGUUGUUAAUUCAUGUCCAUCGCCAAUGAUACUGUUAUCACACCAUUAUUAAGCAGGCGCCUGUCCACGAGGUAAAUAUGACGUAGGGUCCCUAACCGCGGUCCUUGGGGCCAUAGCCGGGCUAAGCCCCCCGCAAAUAGAUGUGAGUGGGAUCGAAGAAUUUUAUGAGAUUCUUCGUUGUCUGAAAUGUAAAAUGAACAAAAAUGAUAUAGUUUCUACCCGUCAAAUCUUCCCCUCAAACACAGGAAAUGCCAUGUCUAGUUCACAUUUCCCACACAAACCAAACAAAUCGUCUAUGGCCGCGAAAAAUCAUCUUUUUAAAAGUCACUGCACAAGAUUAUUUAGGAUUCUUUAGACGGAGCUUUAGACUAACAUCUUGGUCGGUCAGAAUGCCACGAUUUUGUGAAAUCCUGUUCAAUCAACUAAAAAUGCCAUCAUUUAUUGAAAUUAAUAUCAAUCCAAAUCUCUGGACGCAUUAUGUCAUUCAAGUUGACAAUUUAGCUGAAUGCAUAUAUAUUUGCAGGGUAACUCGUCGCAUAGGACUAUUGCUAAUUGUCACCUUGUCUGCAGGAAAUUAAAUGCUCUCUUGACCUUGUGCUUCUCCUAUAAUCACAUUUAGUUAUACUUUUUGGCAUUUCCUUUAGAAAAUCUUAUUAUACUUGGGUAAUGAGCUGCGCUGAUAAACAAAAACUACCUUUUUCCAAACUAUAAUAGUAUUGGUAUAUUACAAAUAAAGUGUGUGGAUAGUGGAUAGUUAAUUGCGCUUAUUUCCAGCUCAUGAUGAAUGGAUGUAUUUCGAGACAUCUCGUUCGAUCAUCCCACACAUUUAGAAUCUGAGCGUAUAAUCUUCAAUUUUUUAAUGCAAUUACUUUCGGUACUGAAAUCCCGACUGAUUCAUUUCGGUGGUUGCCGUGGUUCUAUAAUGCACUUGUCACUGGGAAGCCCACCCCCCCCCCCACCCACCCCGGGCAUACAUGGAGCAUUGACUCUAAGCGAAAAUAUCUGCAAAAAUGCCCCAUAACAUGGGGACCAACAUAAAGUCUAACCCCGUCUAAACCCCUACUGAGCACUUCUCAAUAGCAUAAUAUUCAAUAGCAUUUUAUUAUUGACAACAAAUCUUAAAAAUAACAAUGUUCAUAUAAAAAUGAAUCAAGAGAACGUUUUUCUUCAACUGUUUUAAAACAAAAAUUAAACGACCAAACUUUUACACAUGCAAAUGAUAGUUUGAGAUAUAAAUACUCUGGUAUUUAUAUCUCAAACUAUCAUUUGCAUGUGUAAAAGUUUGGUCGUUUAAUUUUUGUUUUAAAACAGUUGAAGAAAAACGUUCUCUUGAUUCAUUUUUAUAUGAACAUUGUUAUUUUUAAAAGAGGCAACAAAGAGGCAACAUAUAAAUGCAUUUACAUAACAAUAAAAGCCUUCAAGUUGACCUUCGGAAUUCGCCAUUUUGAAAUGCGGUUCCCAGGGGUUCCCAGUGACAAGUGCAUAAUGUCAUUGUGCGCAACAUCGAUUGUCGACCGUUGUACAGUACUCUCUUUUAACGUAGUGUGUGUGGGGAGGGUACCGUGACUUGAAAUGGUAAAUACGCCAAGUUCUGUCUAGCGAACAUUGUAUUUGUAGUCUAGAUUAUAGUAAAUCCAGUUUGGCUUGUUAUCAUUUAAUUUUAGCAAUAUUUGGCAAACGUUUUAAUUUUGGUCUUUGAAAAGUUGAGAUAAACUGUUCUCUGGAGUACAUUAAAUCAAUUAAGCUGCAUAGCUUUUCACAAGAGCGCUAUCGUUAAAUGUUACUUACAUAUCAGCAUUUCCGUUUUACAGGAUAAAAAUAGCUACGAUUAUCGGCUGCAGAUACGAUAAAGAUGUUUGUUCAAGGGAUUUGUUCAAAAUUAAAUGAAAAAAGAUUUGUGAAUUGCACAAAUGCGAUAUUUUUAUGCAGGUACAUCCGGCGUUACGACGCUAUCAAAUAUAUAUAUAAUAAUCGACGAUGACGACAAUAAUAUGUUCUAUAACACAGAAAUCAGAAAGUUCGUCUUAGUUGUAUUGAAUUGCGUAACAAGCUAGACCAGCAACAUUUUACUUCAUAUCGCAGUUAAAUGCCUGUAAAAGAUUAAACACCUGCAGGGCGGCCAGCCGGUCGAAUCUGUUAUUGGCAGUAAUCCUCGAUUAAAAUAAAAAAUUUCAGUUUGUUUCUGGCUCCGUUCACUCGGGACGGAAUGAAUUCAGACCAGAACCGUACUCAAAUUUGCACGACUUCUCCUUGUGCGUUUACAAGGGACGGAUGGAACAGAGUUCAUGCCACUAUUCUCCAUGCCACCCAGUCAUUCACUGUUGACUUAUUUUAAUUUAUUUAUUUUAUUUACAAUCUUUGUCAAAUUUGACAGGUUAGUCCCAGUCCCACAGAGCAUCACCUACGACCCCGGUAGGGUUGUAUAUUUUGAUGGGCAUAAAAAUCAUGGCUAUUGAUUUGACGGAGCACAACAGAAAUAUUUAACCACAUAUUAAGGGGGUACGAAACAUUUAUUAGCAACUACCAGCAACCUCGUUCCUAGGCUCUUCCCCAACGAGAGUGGACGCAACCUCGUACCCAAGGAUUUUACGCUUGGAUCCCUGGGGCCAGUCGUCCAAAGCUCUAUUAGCAUUAACCCUAUGUUAAAAUUCUACUAAACUACUCCUGUUACAGGAGGGUCCAAAUGUUUCGCUUAUAUUUAUUAUUAUUACUGGAUUUAUAACUACAUACAAUAACAUAAGUUAAAUUACUAUGUAGUUUACAACUUAAUUUAAUUACAAUUAUUUACUAUCCUAAUUGUUGUUCAUAGUAUUAAAAAAGUUAAUAGCAUGUGAAAGCGGGCUAUUUUUAAAUCUAUUAGUUCUACUAAAAAGUUGUAUCAACAAUUUUUGUUCCCUCUAGUGUUUCUUCCGUCACCUCAGAUCUUUUUGGAGGAAGCAAAUGAUUAAGCUUAUAUGAUCUUCUUGAAGACUUGUUCGGUCAUAUCUGAUAUUAAUUUGAAACAGUGGUCUUUUCUUCGUUGUUCCAAUAUUAUCAACUUGUUCGCUUUCAAUACCUGUUCGUAAUCUUGUCCUGGAUAUAUUAUACGAAAUGCUCUUUUUGAAUCCUUUCGAUAUUGCAUUGUUGUUUAGCAGUUAGACCCCCAGACCAUAAAACAUCACCAUAUUCUGAAACCUGCCUGAUUAUUGAAUUAUAAAAUGCCAACAGGUUCUUGGUGAGGGCACCAUAAUUCUUUAAGAUUUUUAAAAAGUAGUCUUUUCCGGUCCUUUUUAAUCAAAGCCCAAGUGUUAGUCUCCCAUUUCAGAUUAUUAUCGAUCCACACACCCAGUAAUUUGUAGGAGCUAACACGACUUAUUGGAGACUGUUCCGCUUAUAGUUCAGGAAUUUCUGUCUUCGUUUUUCUGAAGUCUAUAAUCAUUUCUUUGCACUUUUUACUGUUCAAAAUCAUGUCUUGGUCUUUCGACCAUUCCAUCACCAAGAUUAACUGUUCCUGCAUAUUGCCUAUCUGGUCACCCGAACCAUGCUGUGACACGUCCAAAAUUUCUGAUAUAAAGGUGGUGUCGUCCAUAUAGAUGACUACCAUAUUACUGUCGUUUUCCAAACAAGCUUGUUCUAAGCUAACGAAUGCAAGUGGGCCAAUUUUACUACCUUGGGGUAUGCCCCGUUAACAUCUUCUAAGUUUGAGGUCACGUUUCCUAAUUUAGUUAUCUGGUUUAUCAAGUCGAAUGUUUUACUAAAAUCCAAAAAUAGUACCCUAAUUACGGUCCUCGGUUUCUCCAGAGCUUGAUACCAGUUGUGUAGUAAAUUUAAUAGAGCCAGGAUUGUAGAUGAGCCCAGGAGACCACCAUAUUGUGCUGCGGGAUAUGUUAGAAGAAAUGUCUUCCAUCAUCCAUUCAACUACAAACAACUCUUGGAUCUUAGAAAAAAUACUUGUGAGGGCAAUUGGGCGUAUAAAGCUUCUACAGACGGCAAUGGGACAAUCUUCGGGAUGGGGCAGAUAUCAUAUGCUUUCCAAAUCUUUUUUUCAAGAUUUUCAAAAAAAUAGUUUUUAAAAAAGUUUUAAAAGAGUUUUAAAAAGCAAAAAAAGUUUAAAAAGUUGGAUUUUUAAAAAAGUUUAAAAAAAUUAAAAAGUUUAAAAAGUUAGGGUUAGGGGUUAGUGGUUAGGGUUGGGUUAGGGUUAGGGUUAGUAUUAGUAUUAGUAUUAGGUGCCGCGAAUUUAUUAUUAUGAUAAAUUCAAAAUGUGCCGCGAAUUUAUCAUAAUGAUAAAUUCGGACGUGUUUAAGAAUUUACUCAUAUAGUAAAUUCAAAGGUGGAGCUCAUGCUGUUGUAAAUUGAUCAACUUUUUCACCAAGUGAUUGGAUGGAGAGAACAUUAUUCCAGUCAUAGUUUGAAAGGCGACUUCUGAAUAAUGUCAAAUUAGAUUCUUUUGCUGGGCGGACUUUGCACUUUCGUUUCGAGAUUGAGUUUACAUGAUUCCCAUUUCCCAGCCGAGAACUUUAAUUUUACGCAAGAAUGAUCACUAGUACCCAGGGUAGCAGAGAUUACUGGUUUCGAAUAAUAAUCCUUUAUAUUUGUGAAAAUUAAGUCAAGCGUAACUUCUUUUCUUGUUGGCGAAUGGACUAUUUGCUUUAAGUUACAAUGAAUGGAAAACGUUUUGGGGUCAAAGCCGUUGCCCCUUGGGUUAAAAUCACCAGUGAUGAUAAAUGCAGAAUCAGGACUUUCAGUUAUAAGUUUAUCAUAUGAUUCCGAUAGAUAAUCAUAAGCGGCUUUCUCGAUGUUAUCAUGUAAUAAAUCCGGUGGCAAAUAAAUGCAUGCGAUAACCAGGCGUGAAAUUGACCCCGGAAGUUUCUUUGGCUGGCAAGUUAUCCAUACACACUGUAUACUCUCAUUUGUUAAAUCACUAUGAUCACGAGUUCGGUACGGCAAAGUUUCAUGUACAUAUAUAGCUACACCUCCUCCUUUUCUACCACUUCGGUCCAGGGCAUUUUUUAAGAAUUCGUCAGUGGGGAGGCAUCUACAAAAAGGGACCAUACUGUACCGAGUGUGGAACCAGCUUGAUAAACUUAGAGGACUGACUCCCACGAAGCGCCACCAUGGUUGGCACAGAGCGGGAAAAUUUUGAAAAUUUUACGUCUCUAAAUCGUCAGAAAUGGCAUUUUCAAAAUCUUCUCUACCUCUUUUGUUAGGCCCUUCCAUUAAUUCGUUCAUUAUGAUUUGUGAGUCUAUGCUAUCCGCGAGUCAGGAUGGAUUAUUACGAGAAAUGUUAUCAAAAUAUCGAUUACCGAUAUUUGAUUAUAUAUAUAUAUACGAUUUCAAAUACUUCUAGUUUCGAAAUCAAUUUUGUUUUGUGGGGGGGCCAAAAUUAUCCCCCCCCCCCCAUAAAACACUGGGUUGGGGGCCCGUUGCGCUCUGCAGUCACUAACUUGUUUAGCCGAGCCUUCCAACAACUCAAAUAUAUAGGGUCUAGGAAAUGCAAUCCACUGGAAAAUUUUUAAAAUCUAAUAAGGUAUUUACAACACAAUGUUUAGCAUUAAAAAUAAAAUACAGGACAUAAAAUUCACAAAGCAAAAAUUUCAGUUACUAGAAUAUCAAACCUCCCUUUAGAAUAUCAAACCUCAUGUUUUGCUUAUAUUUUAGAGAAAAGGGACUUUGACUGGGGGUGGGCAAAAUGGUUGAGUGGGGGGGGGCACACCAUGGGGGCUGGGGGAGCUUUGCCCCCCCCAGUUAUACUGUAUAGUUUUAAAAAAAAUGCCCUGCUUCGGUCAGCUCUAAUAAUAUCAUAGUUAGGUAAACUUACGGAUCGCUGGGGACAGAUUCAUCUAGCCAAGUCUCGGUAAUGCAUAUAAUUUGAUGGUCGGCUUCACUGCUGAAACAAACAAGUUCGUCGAUUUUCCCAUUAUAUUUGAAUUGAUACGGAAGAUUUGCGAGGUGUUUUAAUUCUAUUUUAGAAAUGAAGGUUUAUAAGUCUUGUGGUAGAUGUCUGGUCCCUAAUUUAUAAAUUCGAACGAGACUUAAUUGGAGUAAGUCUUAAUGACUUUAAAAUACUCAUUAAAAAUCCAUAAACCUUGUGGCAAAUCAUGUCAGCCAUAACAUGUCACGUGGAGUGACUUUAUAUCUGAUAAAACUCAUCUUCAUUAGUAUUCUUUAUAUAAUUGUUCAUAUCCUAAUUAGUAUGAUUAUAUAAUUAUUCAUCCUAAUUAGUAUUCUUUUGUGGUCGUAUUUUAAGCUAUUCAAAACACGAGGAGUGUAUCUCACUGAUGGUGAAGGAAGGAGUUUAAAUACUACUUCAAACACUCAUUAAUAAUUCAUAAGCUUAUUGGCAAAUCAUGUCAACCAUCAUAUGUCACGUGCAGUGGCUUUAAACCUGAAAAACACUCUUAAUUAGUAUUCUUUAUAUAAAGAAUACUAAUAAGGCAGUAAUAUAUUGUAGUCGUGUCCUCAUGAGUAUUCUUUAUAUAAAGAAUACUAAUAAGGCAGUAUAUCUAUUGCAUUUGUAGUCGUGUUUGAAGCCGUUUAAUAAACUCGCAGGUCGUGUUUUAUUAGGUCUAAAGCCACUCGCGCUGCGCCCUCGUGGCUUUGAACCUAAUACAAUAAAACACUCCUGCUUAUUUAUUAAACAGUACUUAAUAUUUCAACUUUUAAUAUCUUCUCAUUCAUUUUUUGUAAACUUGAUAUUUGUGUAGGAAAAGAAAGAGAAGAAACAAGAUCGAAAGUGCAGACACAGUAGAACAGGAUGGCCACAACAUGUCUGGGCUCUUGAUUUACGUUAGCCACAUUCAACGACCUUUGGGAGUCGAUUAUAACAAAAAUCUACAUACUGUAGUGAAACUUUCAAUUUUCAAGUUCUAACCUCAUAUCUUUACUACAUUAUUAGGAGGUUAAACAACUUCUAUUGCUUUACUUUGGUGACAUGAUGACACUGGGGGCUGUUAAAGCAUAUUCGUUCCAAUUCUAGGAUCCUGAACCAAAAUUAAUCCACUCUUAGGAGUUGACCAAAAUUAAUUCAAUGCACCUUUAGAAAUGGUAUUUUGCCGACAUAGAGUGAAAAAACCCGUUUCGGUCAAAAGUUACAGUAUUUUAAAAUUUGAAAUUAAACCAUGAAUCCAAGGAGAAAAUAUCAAAUCACUAGUCUGCAAUGAAAGUUUAAUUAGUGAAUAAGUCGUGUUGCGAAACAUACCGCUGUUUGUAUAUGUUCAUCAGAAAAUGGGAUUGCAGAUGUAUUAUAUUAAUUGUAUUUAUCUUGUAACAAAAUGAAACGGUUAAGUCAAAGUGGUUAAAAAGUCUGGGAGCUGAUAUCAUUGGCUGGGAAAGGUUAUUUUUUGCAGCCCAGAUUUGACAAUGUCAAUGGGUUGGUGUGUAAAUAGUUGGCAUUCCGCAAAAUUUGAAUUUUUCGAACUUCGUAACGCACCUCUCGUUAAAAUAUUUUUCCUCAACCCUCCUGAUCUGUUAAUUACCCGUGAUUAUAUCAGGAGAGUUGAGGAGAUAUUUUAACGAAAGGUGCGGUUACGAAGUCCGAAAAAUUCAAAUUUUUAACGGUUUGGUUCCAGACCAGAUCGACUCACGAGUUCGGAGAAAGUUCUUUAAUUUACAUUAAGUUGUUUUAAUUCUUCAAGGAAAAGCGAGGGAAAUGAUUUUACAAAUUGGAAAAAUAGAACAAACAUAAAUAUGUAUAGCGGCGGCUUUAGAAGCGUUUGGCAAUAUUUUAUCGGCAAGUUUUGUUGAAAUUUAGGUCUUGCCCAAGUUCGCCCGGCGAUACAGCCUACCUUUGCGUUCUUGAUAGCGGGUGGUAAUAUUAGAUGAUAUACAAUAUAGGCCGGGUUCAACCAAUGGCCUGAAAAUCAACGAAAGUGAAGUAAAUGACACAAAUGACACAGUAAACAAGUAAGUCCACCAAUAUUUUUAAUCAAUGCAUAUUUAGGCUCUUUUUUACAGUAUUUUACAAUAUAUUAUAAAGUGUAUGUUAAAUCGCAUUCUCAUGAUGUCUUUAUAUCAUUAUAUCAAACUAAAAUCACUCCUAAAACACCUAGAAUACAUAAAGGAAAGUAAGUAAGUUAUACUUUAUAAUUUAAUUAAAGUAAAUGUUAGGCAAAAUAUAAUAAAAUACAAAAUAAAUAAAAACCCACACAGAGCCUGGGCCACUGUGACUUAGCGAGGGCUAAAAUCGGGUUAUCUUUUCACGUCACGCAAUCACGAAACCUAAUCCAAUCCCUAACCUCCUAACCAUUAACCAAUCAUAUUUCGUGACUGCGUGACAUGAAAAUGUAACCAAAGUGGUUACACACACACCGAGAAUUAUCCGACGUGUUUUGACCAAUCACGAACGAGAAUAGCCUUUGAAUAUAUAAUAAUUACAGUUAUUCCACGUUCUUAUCGAGUUCGUCAGCUAGAUGCAUAGCCAAUGCAGACAUGGCGCAGGUUGGAUUCCAGGAAGCACCAGUAGGCCAGAGGGCACCACCAGUGAGAUACACAUUGUCGACACCACGGAAUCGAUAAUCCAGACCCACAGGGGCUGACUCGUCGUCACCUAUCCACAUAGUUGAUGCAUCAUGGACCAGACUCGGAACACGAAUCAGCUCAGCAGUAGGACGCCCGGUCUUCCAAGUAUUAAAAUGCCAGUACUCCAGCUGAUCACCAGAAUCCAAGAAAUUCUCGAGAAUUUCAAAAGUAGACUCGUCCAUGGUAUUCCAAAGAGCGUUGUCUUUGUCGUUGGCCACGACCUGCAGAGUAGCGUUGCUGGUGAUAUCUGCAUCAUUGUUGAGACGAAACCAAUUAUCUUCGUUGUUGUGAUCAAGCUGACCAAGGCAAGCGCAGGCAAAAACAAUAUGUAGCGGGUCCUUGGAGGUUCGCCGUUGUUCCAACGAUGGUGCGGCAAAUACAUCCGGAAGAUAGCGCAUAAUGCCAUAAAUAUUCUCCUCUGGUGUCUCAUCUAUGAUGGCAGUUAACUGAAUGUGGAACUGGUGCUUUGAAACGGGAUUUUCACCGGCUAUGUACACAGCAGCCAUUUCAAGUUUUACUUUAAGGAGCUCUCUAAGAGAGGAAUACCAGUUGCUGGUGCCAGCUAUGUCGUCAGUUAAUGGAAUACGCGCGAUGAUGGAACUGAUGAAGUGAGAAGUAAACCGGUUUCCAAUGCCACUUAGCAUCGAAAAAGAAGUGGACGGGAAAGAAUUGAGCAUGAGCGUAGUAGGAGGAAGAGUACCCAUAGCCAGAAUUAGCUUAGCAUCUCCAAGGGUAAAUUCCCCCUUGCUGGUCUCGAGGGUUAUUGCUUUGCCACUUUCUUGGACUAUCUUCUUGACCAGGCAACCCAACAUUAUUUGCAACGGCUGUUUCUCUCCUUUCCCGGUUUUAUACUUUGUGACCAGCAAUAGAUCCAGCAGAGGGCCUGAAACGGAAUAUUUUUGAUAGUCUUCAUAUCUGAAAAUUGAAAUUGAAAUGGUGUAUCAAAAAAAGGAGACCUUUAGAAAUCAAGCAUAUUGUUAAAAUUUGAAUGCCUUUUUAAUUGCACAUAUGCUGAACCGUGGUGCGUGAAAUAUUGAUGGAGUGCAUAUAUUAGAAAAAGGAGACCUUUAGAAAUCAACCAUUGUUAUAAUUUGAAUCCUUGAGCAGUUUGCUAAGCCCACGAGUGCGUAACAUGCGAUCUACGUAUACAGUAUGCAUGACAGAUUGUUCCCAGGAGCAGACAAUCUUUUGUUUAAAUGUUAUUUCAAUUUCUAAAGGUCUCCUUUUUCUAAUAUAUGCACCCCAUCAAUAUUUCACGCACUACGGUUCAGCAUAUGUGCAACUGAAAAGGCAUUCAAAUUUUAACAAUAUGCUUGAUUUCUUAAGGUCUCCUUUUUUUUUGAUACACCCUGUAUAAAAUGGCAAUUCCCUGAGGAGGGAUUUACGUUCAUUUAGUUCAGACAUGACUAACAAAAACUAAAGUAUAGUUUGUAUUUACUUAUCUGCCACAGGGGCGGAUUUAGACCGUUGCAACUGUAGCAUAUGCUACGGUCAGAUUUUCCAUAGGCCAGUUCUAACAUGGAUCAUAAAAUCAAUCUAAAAUAUAAUUUAGCAAUAUUUUGUUUACUUUCCUUGUUUAUAUUUCAAGGUUUUAUUUUAUUUAGUUUUAUAUGUUUAAAACAUUUUAUUUUGACAAAUUGAUGACAUUGAUACGUAACGUUAAUUGUUUUAAGAAUUCCCGCCCGAAAAUACGGUUGUAAUUGCCCGUUUGCGG